AUGGAACCAAAAUCGACGAUUGUUGUGUUGACGGUGCUUUUAGUAGUAGGCACGGGAGCAGAAUAUGUUAGACCUCCGCCUCGUAAAACGCUGCACUUCCCAUGGAGCACUAAGGCUUCUUCUCAUCCUCAACAGGUUCACAUCUCGUUGGCUGGAGAUAAACAUAUGCGGAUCACGUGGAUCACUAGUGAUAAAUCUUCUCCUUCAAUUGUUGAAUAUGGAACUUCACGGAGAAGCUACAACAAUAUAGCUGAAGGAGAGAGUACUAGUUAUAGUUACUUUCUGUAUAAGUCGGGAAAGAUACACCAUACUGUCAUUGGGCCACUUGAAGAUGAUACUGUGUAUUUCUAUCGAUGUGGGGGAAAUGGUCAGGAGUUCCAGUUUAAAACCCCGCCAUCUCAGUUUCCGGUUACAUUUGCAGUGGCUGGCGACUUGGGUCAGACUGGAUGGACUAAAUCGACUAUAGACCAUAUAGAGCAGUGCAAAUAUGAUGUUUACGUGCUUCCUGGAGACCUCUCGUAUGCUGAUUACAUGCAGCAUAGGUGGGACACGUUUGGGGAGCUAGUGCAGCCACUUGCUAGUUCAAGACCCUGGAUGGUGACGCAAGGGAACCACGAGAAGGAGGAGAUACCAAUCUUAAAGAAGGGGUUCGUAUCCUAUAAUUCGAGAUGGAAGAUGCCAUUUGACGAGAGUGGGUCCAGUUCAAAUCUUUAUUAUUCAUUCGAAGUUGCAGGAGUUCAUGUUAUCAUGCUUGGUUCGUAUACAGAUUAUGAUGAGUACUCUGGUCAAUAUAGUUGGCUGAAGGCCGAUCUUUCAAAGGUGGAUCGUGAGAGGACACCCUGGCUCCUAGCAGUAUUCCACGUGCCAUGGUAUAAUAGCAAUUAUGCUCAUCAAGGUGAAGGUGAUGACAUGAUGGCAUCCAUGGAACCGUUGCUUUAUGCGGCUGGUGUGGACGUUGUGUUUGCUGGCCAUGUGCAUGCUUAUGAGCGCUCGAGACGUGUUUAUAAUGGUAAAUCAGAUGCUUGCGGACCCAUCCACAUAACAAUUGGUGACGGUGGAAACCGAGAAGGUUUAGCACACAAGUACUUGAAACCCCAUCCUGAAUGGUCGGUCUUCCGUGAAGCAAGCUUUGGUCAUGGCGAGUUCAGGAUAAUGAACUCGACUCAUGCAUUUUGGAGCUGGCAUAGGAAUGAUGAUGAUGAAUCGGUGAGGUCUGACCAGGUCUGGAUAACCUCUUUGGUUGGUUCAGGUUGUCUUUCUGAAAGAAGUCGGGAACUAAGAAACAUACUCAUGGAACCUUAA